AUGAGUGCCGUUGAUUUAGUCACAGUGGGAAAUGAUCAAUAUAAUGAAGAUACAGUCGAUGAAUCAAUGGAUCUGAGAGGGCUUAGUACCAUACAGAGUUACGUCACUGAUUAUAUCCAGUAUCGUGUACAUCUACAUAACGUUUACUGUCCGCGUUUACCAGAAAUCCCAGUUUCGGACGAUUAUCGAUUUGAAUUAAUUCGAGCGGUUGCCUUAAUUUUUGAAAAGAAGCAUGCAGAAGAACUCACGAAUAUGGUUACAACAUUAUGCCUUAAUGGAAGGCUUACAUUUCAACGAUAUGUUGAGGUCGUAGAAUGUUUUGCUCAUAACGAUGAUGAUGAGUCAAAUAAGCAACUGUCUUAUGGAAGAUUGGUGGCAUUGAUUGCAUUUGCUGGAUUAGUUGCGAUGAAACUUUGUGAUUUACAGUUGUUUACAGAAGUGUCAAUGAUUGCACCAUAUACGUCUAAAUUCUUGCACAAGCGAAUCGUUUUGACAUGGCCACAGGAUAGACGUUCUUGGGAAGACUUUUUUGAUCGCGCCAGAACCAUAAUUGAUAAGAAUGAAGCUGAAGAGAGUGAAAAAGUUAACUUGAAAUCUGAAUGCAAUCGAUGGUGGCUGUCGAUUAGAGCAUUGGUGAUAUUCGGCAUGUUUGGUAUCGGUGCCUUCACAUUGGUGAAAACAAUACUAAAAACACGAUAA